AUGACCAAUCCAACCUCCUCGCCAUUCAUUGAGUCACCAUCGAUUCUGAACAGUAUAUUAAAGGGCCACGCUGCUGACACAUCCAAUCUAGAUUCCAAGAUAUACAUCUCCAAACUUGAAUUUCAAAUUGAAUCUUUCAAAACUGAAAAAGAGCUAUGGGCAAAAGAGAAGCAGACGAUUGUGUCGAGAUAUGAGGAUAGUAUCAAGUUGAAGAAUGAGGAAAUUGAAGAGUUGAAGCUUAACAUGGAUUUCAUGUAUAAGGAGAAUGAGCAGUUGGGGUCCAAGUUUGAUAAUUCAAACGAUGUCUCCAAAGCACAGUUGAAUGAGUUGAAUCAGAAGUACAAGGAAUUGAAAUCGCGGAAUAACAAGUUGGAGUCAGACUAUCGUAGUUUAAUUGAUAAAAACGACAGGUUAAUUAGAAAACACAAACAAGUGACUGCCGAUUGGAACACACAAAUCAAGGUUAAUGACGAGUUAAGUAACGAGUUGCAGAUACGAGAUCAAUCAAUACAAACUUUGGAAGCUUCAAAUCAGGAAGUAGUUGAUAAAUUAGAACAAUACACCAAGCUAUUCAAGAAUGAUGAAUCGUUAUACAAGAACAAUCAAAUACUAAUGAGUAAGAAUACCAGUUUACAAAAAACCAAUAACCAAUUGCAAUUAAAGAUUGAUCAACUUCUACAAAAGCAGACGUCUAUUGAAUUAUUGAAACAAAAAAUAAUGAGCUUGACAAGAAGUCAAGAUCAGCUAGAGGAACUCAAGUGUAAGUAUCAAAAGUUGGAAGUAGAGAAGCUUGAAAUCGAAGCCAAAUACAAUGAAUACUUCUCUGCCUUAGAGAGGACUAUUGUUGAUGAUGACAAUGAUGGAAAUUACGACCCUGAGGAUUUAGAUGUAACCAAAUCGCUAAAAGUCCAAAAUUUCAUAGAUAAAUUUAGGGAGCUACAAGCACAAAAUCUAGCGUUAAAAGAAAAGUACGAUGCCAAGACCAUUGAAACGACUGAGUUGAAACAGGAGCUAGAGGAUGUUUCGAGGUCGAUCGAGGAAGAGUAUUUACCAUUGAUUGAAAAGGGUCAAGCAAGAAAUGAAAUUUUGUCAAAAAGAAUAGCCGAGUUGGAACGGGAGAAAUUAUUGUUCGCUGCUGAAAUUGAACACUUGAGAAAACUGUUAAAGGAUUUGGAAGAGAUUUUGAAUUCCAGAGAUGAUUCAGAGCAUGAAAACAAGACGAUGCAACAAUACAUUACAAAUUUGGAAAACUUGGUUGAUCAAUAUAAACGAAAAUUGGAUGAACAGAACAAAAAAGUGACAGUUGCAAACCCACAAAUUGGUGAAAAGAGACAGCGGUCCGAAGAUAAAACAUUUCGUCACACAGCCACACAGUUGGAGAAGGAGAAUAUGCAGUUGUUGUCAACCAUCAAGAAUUUGGAGCUUCUAAAUUCGGAGUUGAGACUGAAAUUAGAAUCAUUGGAGACUAUUUCACAGAAGCAAGAGACCGUCAAAAUUCUAGAGUUGAGGAGUAAUUUACUUUCGAAGGAUCAAUUUGUGAAGCGUGCAACACUUGAUGCAUUACGAAAAGAAAAUGAAGCUUUAAUUGAUAAAUACGUAAAUCAUCGGCCUGACACUGAUUUAAUACCAAAGGCUUUAUUUGCAAGACAAGAAGAUGAUAAAGCGGCAUUACAGUCGCAAGUGGAUACAUUGACUAAAAGAAUCAGCCGGUUGCGAGAUGUUUAUACACAGAAAUCAAGAGACAUCCUAAUCACAAUAUCUAGAUAUUUUGGAUACUCAAUCGAAUUUUUGCCUAGUACCAUUCGGCCAGAUGAGCUUUCAUCUCGAUUGAAAUUGUCGUCAAAGCUCAUUCCCAAAGAUAAAAAUUCGUAUCUCAUACUUGACAUUGAAAACAAAUCAUUGAAAGCUUUUGGUGAUUAUGAAUUCAAAUCCCUUUGUGAAGAAUUGGCUAAUGAAUGGGUUUCAAAAAACCAGUUUCCUUGUAUGUUGAGUGCAUUGAAUCUUAAGCUAUAUGAGAUUGCAAAUUCAUCAUAG